AUGCCAUCUCCAUUCGACGAAUCGACCUCUUCUCACGCGCUGAACUCGCACUUCCUCCUCCACCCUGAGCCUGCCGAAGACUACCAUCCUGACUUCGCCUCGUCCGACGGGGAUACGGCCUCCCAGCGAUCCAUCGCUCUGUCUUCGCCGCCGCUGUCGCCGCGAGUUCCACUCUCGCACACGCUCGCCGACGAAGACGACCUUACGCCGUCUGCCAUAACCCCCGUGACCUUCGUUCGUCAAAGCCUCUCCUUCAGCAAGCGCAAUACCGUCGACACAGACUUUAGUUCUGAACUUGAUGAUGACCGGAGCGUCUUUACACGGAGGCUGGACGACAGUGACUCGCCUGUUUCGAGUGUUGCGCCGUCCGUCUAUGAUGCUGAGAAGGUGCCUGAUACUGCUUCCAUGCCCCACUUCAUAGCAUCUCCCCCAUCAUCCUCCGCUCCUUAUGCAGGAAUGCGUGGCAAGAGCGACACGGAGAGUAUCAUGUCGUUUGCUUCAGCGGGCACGUCGUUUUCGAAGAAGGCACGGCCAGAAUCACUAUUGCCACAGGCUUUACAAGGCCCCCUCGUGUUGGGAUUAGCGCUUGUCGAUUUCGAUCACUUGGUCGGUCCUAAAAUCGAGUUUUCAAGAGGGAGUAUAUUCGACGAUGACGAGAUUGCCAAGAUUCUGCCCUUCCUUGCACUACCUGACGGUGCUCAUCUCUCAUCGGAAGAUUACUCCUACUUCCAUCUCGUGCCCUCGACCUCACCACAUCCUUCUACUAUCUUCGGGAUAUCGUGUAAUCGUCAGAUUAGCACAUCUGAGCUACUCGUCAAAGACGCGGAUGUAACACGAUCAACUGUACAGAAAGCAGUAGUUGUGCUUGCAUCGAAGCCGGUAUUUGGGCUUGUACGUGAUCGACUAGGUGUUAUCACGCGAGUCCUUUUCGAGCAGCGUGACUUUACCGACAUGAGCAUCCUCGACGACUUCCACAUAUCAUUAGAACAUUCUUUGCGGGGUCAAAUGACUGAAAGCGGACUCUAUAUGGGGACCAGCUUACGGGAGCUGGUGCACACAUUCCGGCAACGGACGCUGGUUCUUCUUAAGGCGCUGAUGCUACAGAAGAAGAUAAUGUUCUUUGGUCAUCCGGUGGAGCGGCUGUGUACGUAUCAGUACUCACUCGUUACGCUGAUCCCUGGUCUUCUUCAAAACUUGGAGGAUUGUGGUUCACCGCCGCUGGCCGCACGUGCACAGACGCUUUCUCGACCGACAUCGCUGAAGACGUCUGACCAUAAGAGCAUGAUGGCAUAUGCUGGGUUACCUCUAGACCUAUUUGGCAAGGAUGCAUUUUUUCAGCCGUAUCUACCCUUACAACAGCUUGAUAUGUUGAAGGAUACCCAGAGCUGGCUGUGUGGAAGUACCAAUUCAAUUGUUACCCAACAGAAGGAAGUCGAUAUUCUUGUGAACAUUGAGACUGGCACGAUUGAGUUCCGCGACCUCGUGGUGGAACGCGUGGCUGGAUUGACUGCUGCUGACAGAAAGUGGAUGGAUGACAUUGUGCGUGAUGUGAACGAGACAUUUGUGGAUGACCCAACGAGGCAAGCUGGCAUGCGCUUCAAGGGCAGCGAUGACUAUCUGCGACAGAAGUUUGAUGAGUAUAUCUCUGGAGCACUGGCCUCAGUCAAGUAUGCUGCUUUUGUGCACAAGGCUCAAGGAAGUGGAGUGAUGAUUACCGAAGGAUCAGGUGAUCCAAACUCGACUCAAGACUUCAAUGCGCUUUGGAUCCAGGAGUUCAAAAAGACGAAUGCAUAUGAGGUCUGGGAUCGAAUCACAGAUCCUCUCCUUUUUGAUCUAGUCGAGGCUCGGCAUCCCUGCAGUGCAAAACCGUCCGUUGUCGCAGAUAUCGGGCUACGGUUAUCAGAGGGGAUACAGGAGCUCAAGCUUGACCAGCAGCUAGCGCCAACGAGGGAAGCCAUCUCACGAACAUUCAACACGGGUUCGAGCAAUCUGCUGAAAGCCGUCGAGGGCAUGCGGGGCCGGUGGAUGGCACGCAACCCUAGCUCCUCGAGCGACAUCCAGAGCGCGCCGUCCAUGUCUGCCACUACGACAUCCAACGAGGGUUCCACAAGCACGUCAAGUAGCGGCGAUGAUAUGCGCAGACAGAGUGGAAGCCCGAAUGACCGGGGGCACACGCGGACGGGGUCCAUCGAGAGGAGUAGCUCGGAUGUGCCUCCCUCCCAACGACGCGCGAGCGGGCUGCGGCCACUGAGCAUGGCGAUGUCGCAUCCCAUUCCAGUCCCGCAGCCCCCACCUCCGUUACCCCAGGCACCGCCCGUGCAACCGAGCCGGUUCAGUGGAUGGGUUGGGUCGCUGUUCACCCCACGGCCGGGGCGGACGUCGUUGGCGCAGACGCCGCCACCGCCGCUGCCCGCACGACGUGGAUCGGAGGCGUCAGAACGGACUCACGGGUCGCCGAUGCCGUCGCCGCCGGUGGCUUUGAGGGAGAGUUCGGGGUACGUGGCGAGCUUGCCGGGGAGUGUGCAAGAGGCGGAGGAGGAGGAACUGCAACUGCGGAAUCUGGACGAGGUGUAUGAGUCGCGCGUGGCGUCCGGCGGGGAGACGGGAUCUCAUGACGGGCGUGGAGAAGCGCACGGGGACGAACCAGCAGGCACUGGUGUAGCGUUGUGA